AGCCAGACCAGCAGCAAUUCUGACAAUCUUGGAACAUUGUGGAGCUUCUAAAGCUUCUAAUAAAAGUCUAGCUUGCUGUUGAUAUCUCUAAUGGUGAAUUUGCACCGAUUGUUCAAUUUUAGGAGUGUAGGCGCGGAGAAAUAGUAAGGUAAUAACUGUUCGCCCUUGGCUCCCCAUUCAGCCUGCUGCGGCGCUGCCUCACUGACGUCGGCGGCCCCAGCCACAGUCCCGCCCACUUGGGCUCGUUCAAUUGUCGAUCGUGGCUGCGCCUUGAAUGAACGCCGCCCAUCAUCACCCCAACGAGCGCAUCAUCAUCCUACGACCCAUCUACCACAGCACUCGCGAGAAGCUCACCAAACCGACACUGCCUUAAGACACCCACACAGCGAAGCGAUCACACAUAAUUACGACCAUCAACCACCGGCAACAUGUCUUGGGCGGGGUUCAAGAAGAAUGUGAACCGCGCGACGACGCAGGUGAUGAUGAAGACGGGUCAUGUCGAGAAGACCAACGAUCGCGACUAUGAAGUGGAGGAAAGACGAUUCAAGACAAUGGAGGCUGCCUCGCUACAACUACAAAAGCACUCGAAAGGCUACCUGGACUCGUUGCGAGCCAUGACUGCCUCUCAAAUGCGAAUUGCCGAAACAAUCGAUGCCUUCUACGGCGACUCUGGCGCGAAAGACGGCGUGUCCCGCUCCUACAAACAGGCAGUCGAAGAUCUCGACGCCGAAACAAUCAAGGCUCUCGACGGCCCCUACCGCACAACCGUUCUCGACCCCAUCACGCGAUUCUGCGCUUACUUCCCCGACGUGAACGAGUGUAUCAAGAAACGAUCACACAAGCUCCUGGACUACGAUGCUCUGCGCGCCAGAGUAAAGCGUCUCGCCGAGAAACCCGACAAGGACGCGACCAAGCUCCCACGGACGGAGAAGGAGAUGGAGAUGGCCAAAGCAGCGUAUGAGCAGCUUAACGAGCAGUUGAGCAGUGAACUGCCGCAGUUGAUAGAGCUGCGCGUGCCGUAUCUCGACCCGACGUUUGAAGCGCUUGUCAAGAUCCAGCUGAGGUUCUGCGCCGAGGCGUACUCACGGAUGGCGCAGGUUCAACAGUACCUGGACGCGGACACGAGAGACCAGUAUGCAGAGGGACAUCUCGACGCAAGGGUGGAGCAGGUGUUACAGGAGAUUCGGGAGUUGAGCAUCAGUGGCACCGUCUGAGCCAAGCGGGAGGGUUUUGCUGUUGUACCAAUUGCAUGGAUAAUGAUGGUUGAUGUUGGCACAUG